GCAGGCGCACUACGAGAUCAAGUGUGGGAGUGUGUGUUUGUUUGUGUGUUGUAGAGAGGCAGGGGGAGAGAGUCAGUGGAUAACCACUGUAUAGUGUAGGUAACGGAGUAAUCUGUAUGAGCACUGAGGAAUAACUGGAGAGUUGCUGCACAGAGGAGUUGGAGGAAAAGUCUUGUUGAGAAGGAUUUAGUAUUGGAGGAAGGUUAAAGGGACAGCGAGAAGCCCCCACUCAUCUUCAUCUAAGAGGAGGAGGUAAACUGGCGAUAAGCGUAUAUUAAUGACCUGACAAGAAGUCACAUGCAUCCGUGUUCAUCAGGCAGUUUUACCUAGGAGCCGCACAUCACAGGAGCCUGGAUAGGUAUACACAUGCGCUUUCCAUUCACUCAUCACUCCUGCCGUACACAUCCACACACACACACCAGGGCCACGCUGACACAGCCGAGUGGAGGAGAGAAGAGGACACUUUUACUGUCUGGGGUCCUUUUCCUUUCUUAAAAUAAAAGGCAUUAGUGGAUUUUUGACCCUGAAAUCAGAGUCUUCCAUUUGAGCUGACCUUUUCAAACCCCCCCCAAGGAGCAAAGAUGAGCUGCAGGAAAAGGUGCAAGCGGGAGAUCUUCAAGUUCGCACAGUACCUGUUCAGACUCAUCACAGGCACGCUCAACACCGACAGCGUUGAGGAUGAGCUUGAACUGUCUACAGUCCGCCAUCGCCCCGAGGGCCUGCAGCAGCUUGAAGCUCAGACGCGCUUCUCCCGCAAGGAACUACAGAUCCUUUACCGUGGCUUCAAGAAUGAAUGCCCCAGUGGAGUCGUCAAUGAAGAAACUUUCAAAGACAUCUACUCACAGUUCUUCCCACAAGGAGAUGCGUCGACAUAUGCACAUUUCCUCUUCAAUGCGUUUGAUACAGAUCACAAUGGCUCUGUAAGUUUUGAGGAUUUUGUUAUGGGCCUUUCUAUCCUUUUGCGAGGCACGGUCCAGGAAAAACUCAACUGGGCUUUCAACCUGUACGAUAUCAAUAAAGACGGAUAUAUCACUAAAGAGGAAAUGCUGGACAUCAUGAAGGCCAUCUACGACAUGAUGGGAAAAUGCACUUACCCUGUCCUCAGGGAGGAGACGCCUCGUCAACAUGUAGAAGUCUUCUUUCAGAAGAUGGAUAAGAAUAAAGACGGAGUGGUCACCAUAGACGAGUUCAUCGACUGCUGCCAAAAUGAUGAAAACAUCAUGAGAUCAAUGCAACUCUUUGAGAGUGUCCUUUAACUUUUGCCCGAGUGGAGUCUUAGGAAGAGAACGUCAACAUAAGCUCGGCCCAAUAACUGACUUGGACUCGUACUGUGUACAGUGUGCUAUGCAGACUUUUGAUCGUAGAUUAAUAUAUUGUUCAUGACCACAGGUUGGAGAAGGCAGCAUGGUGUGAACACUCUGGAAUUAGUCGCAUUUUAAACAUUUGAUUGAGGAAUUUCUGACCAAGAAAUGAAUAGAAAGGACAGAGCAACUCUCUCUGCAGCUGUUAAUGUUUGCUUCUUUUUAUUUAUUUAUGAAAACAUCUUAACUUCAAGGUUCACUUCCAGCAAAUGUCCCGGGAGUGUCUUUCUGUUUCUCUGUUCGCCGUCACUGUUAUAAACACACUUGAAAUGGGAGUUUUUCUGAUGAAACGGUCACAGCGUCGACCUGUUUUAUGUACUGCCAAGUGAAAUCACUGUGACUUUUACAGCACUGAAAAAAAGGAGAGGGGAAGAAAAGAAAAAAAAAGGUAACUUAUACAUAUAUUGGUCUGUGUUUUUACAUUCCAGCCUGGCUCUUGAUUCCAGAGUGUUCAAACCAGGGUGUUCUGUCUUUUUGAAAGAAGCAUUUGGAGAAAAAAUAUAGAUCAACAAAACACACAUUGCACCAUUUUAAAUUGUAUAUACGAUAGAUACGAACUUUUCAACUUUGUUUACUUGCCAACUAGAAUUGAGACAACACAAUGACUGUAUUGAUGUCAAAAUCAGACCAUAGUAUGGAUGGUUUGUCUACAGAAGCACACAGGUAGCGACAUUUACCGCAAGUACAACAUUAGCCGAUACCUUCGUUCAACAGUAAAUGCUGCUUUCAAUGUAUUUUAUUUAACCCCACAUGUGUAUAUUAUCUGUAAAUUAAACCAUCUGUCAUUGUUUUUAGUUUUUGAAGCACUGUGGCGUUUCCAGGUAGAGCAGUGUUUAAAGUUAUUUAUAUGGUGUUUAUGUUCCUUGUACAAAACAUUGUCAGUUGUACAGUAUUAAAAUGAAAGUUCACUCUCUGGUGAAUAUCAGGUCUUUA